UUCACAUAUGCUGAGGCCCCUUACACUGUCAGCAGGGAGGAAAGUCCGCAGUGCCAAAGUCUCAUCAUCUCUGUUGAGGAUGCCGCAGACAAACAAAUCCAGAAACACCCCGCCGUCGGAGUCUUUAGGCUCGGUCCAAGCAGGGGCCUCAGCAGAAGAUCUAGAUCCGGUGUGCCGGGAGGAGAGCCUGGCUGCAGGGGACGCAAGCGGAAGAGGGGGAGGAGGAGGAGGAGAGGAUAAUUCUGGAGACAGAGAGAUCAUCAAGUCACCAAGUGAUCCCAAACAGUACAGGUAUGUCGAGCUGAACAAUGGGCUGCGAGUGCUGCUCAUCUCAGACUACAGCGGUCCAGCAGCAGCAUCGGAAGAUGAAUACUCAGAGGAAGAAGGUGAAGAAGAAGAGGAAGAAGAUGAAUCUGGAGACGAGUCUGGGUCUGAGGAAGGUGACGAUGAAGAGGGCAGUGAUGAUGACGAUGAAGACAGUGACAUGGAGGGGAAAAAGAAGAAGGGAAACUCAGAAAAACAGUCGGCAGCAGCCCUGUGUGUUGGAGUGGGCAGCUUCAGUGACCCCAGUGACCUCCCAGGUCUCGCCCACUUUCUGGAACACAUGGUGUUCAUGGGCAGCGAGAAAUACCCCUCCGAAAACGGCUUUGAUGCUUUCCUCAAGAAGCACGGGGGGAGUGACAACGCCUCCACCGACUGCGAGAGAACCGUCUUCCAGUUUGACGUCCAGAGAAAAAGCUUCAAAGAGGCUCUUGACAGGUGGGCUCAGUUCUUCAUCUGCCCCCUGAUGAUCCGAGACGCCAUUGAUAGGGAGGUGGAGGCCGUUGACAGCGAGUACCAGCUGGCUAAGCCGUCGGACUCCCACAGGAAGGAGAUGCUGUUUGGCAGUCUGGCCAAACCUGGACACCCUAUGGGCAAGUUCUGCUGGGGAAACGCGCAGACACUGAAGCAGGAGCCAAAGAAGAAGAAGAUCAAUGUCUAUAAGCGGCUGCGUGCCUUCUGGAAGAAGCACUACUCUGCCCACUACAUGACUCUGGCUGUGCAGUCGAAAGAGAAACUGGACACUCUGGAGGAGUGGGUGAGAGAGAUCUUCAGCAAGGUGCCUAACAAUGCUCUCCCCAAGCCAGAUUUCUCUGAUAUGCCGGAUCCCUUUGAUACAUCAGCUUUCAACAAGCUCUACAGAGUUGUUCCUGUCAGGAAAGUUCAUGCUUUAAAUAUCACCUGGGCUCUUCCCCCUCAGGAAAAAUACUACAGAGUGAAGCCUCUCCACUACAUCUCAUGGCUUAUUGGCCAUGAAGGCACAGGAAGCAUCCUCUCAGUGCUCAGGAGGAAGUGUUGGGCUCUGGCUUUGUUUGGUGGCAACAGUGAAACUGGCUUUGACCAAAACACCACAUACUCCAUCUUCUCCAUCUCCAUCACCCUCACUGAUGAAGGUUUCCAAAACUUCUACCAGGUGACUCACCUUGUGUUCCAGUACCUGAAGAUGCUGCAGACACUCGGACCACAGAAAAGAAUAUAUGAAGAGAUUCAGAAGAUUGAAACGAAUGAGUUUCACUAUCAGGAGCAGAUUGACCCUAUAGAGUACGUGGAGGACAUUUGUGAGAACAUGCAGCUUUUCCCUAAAGAAGACUUCCUCACAGGAGAUCAGCUGAUGUUUGAGUUUGAUCCAGAAGUGAUCAGUGCAGCUCUGUCCCUCCUCAUCCCUGAGAAGUCCAACCUGAUGCUGUUGUCACCAGAACAUGAGGGCCAGUGUCCCCUCAGGGAGAAGUGGUUUGGCACACAAUACAGCAUGGAGGACAUCCAGCAGGAGUGGAUGGAGCGUUGGACAGGAAACCUGGAGCUGAACAGUGACCUCCACCUUCCUGCUGAGAACAAGUUCAUUGCCACUGACUUCACCCUGAAGCCCUCUGACUGCCCAGACACAGACUUUCCUGUCCGGAUAGCCGAAAGCGACAGGGGCUGCCUGUGGUACAAGAAGGACGACAAAUUCAAAAUCCCAAAAGCCUACAUCAGAUUCCACAUAAUCUCCCCUGUAAUCCAGCAAUCUGCUACAAAUGUGGUCUUGUUUGACCUGCUGGUCAAUAUCCUGUGCCACUACCUGGCAGAACCGGCCUAUGAAGCUGAAGUGGCCCAGCUUGAGUACAAACUGGUGGCCGGUGAGCAUGGCCUUGUCAUCAAGGUUAAAGGAUUUAACCACAAGCUACCUCUGUUGUUCAACCUGAUCAUUGACCACCUGGCUGAUUUUUCUGUCUCGCCUGAUGUCUUCAGCAUGUUCGCAGAGCAGCUCAAAAAAACCUACUUCAACAUCCUCAUUAAACCCGAGAAGCUCGGCAAGGACGUGCGCUUGUUAAUCUUGGAGCACUCUCGCUGGUCCAUGGUGGAGAAGUAUCAGGCUCUGACAGCCGGUCUGACCAGUGAUGAGCUGAUGCAGUUCAUCCAGAGCUUCAGGGCUCAACUGUACGCAGAAGGACUGGUGCAGGGCAACUUCACCAGCUCUGAGUCACUGGAGUUUCUGCGAUAUGUCACAGACAAGUUGAAGUUCUCCAAGCUGCCAGUGGAGGUGCCAGUGAUGUUCAGAGUGGUGGAGCUUCCUCUGAAGCAUCACAUCUGUAAAGUCAAAUCACUCAGUAAGGGAGAUGCCAACUCUGAGGUCACUGUUUACUACCAGUCUGGUCCCAAGGCCUUAAAGGAACACACACUGAUGGAACUAUUGGUGAUGCACAUGGAGGAACCCUGUUUUGACUUCCUUCGGACCAAAGAGACUUUGGGGUACCAUGUCUACCCCACUUGCAGAAACACCUCAGGUGUUCUUGGCUUUUCUGUCACCGUGGAAACACAAGCCACCAAGUUCAAUACCGAGCUGGUGGAGUUAAAGAUUGAAGAGUUCUUGGCUUCAUUCGGGGAGACACUCAAUGAGCUGACAGAGGAAGCCUUUAAUACUCAGGUGACUGCUUUAGUGAAGCUGAAGGAGUGUGAGGACACACACCUCGGGGAGGAGGUGGAUAGGAAUUGGGCCGAGGUGGUCACACAGCAGUAUGUGUUUGAUAGGCUUAAUAGAGAGAUUGAUGCUCUGAAGCAGAUGACCAGGAAUGAGCUGAUAUCCUGGUUCCAAGAGCAUCAAGGACAGAACAGUCGGAAACUCAGUGUGCAUGUGGUGGGCUUUGGUGCUGAAGAGAAUGAUGAGGAGGGUGGUGGUAAAGAAGGAGAAGAGGACAAACGGGAGGAUUUAAGUGGCUCUACCUACGGGGAGGUGUCAAAACUUACCUACCUUUCUCCCUCCGCCAAGAUGACGGGUGCCAUAGCUAUCAUGGACAUUCCUGCUUUCAUUGAAGGCUUACCUCUCUUCCCCUACCACAAGAUAGUCAAUUAAACUUGUGCUUAGACUGAGGGAAAGACAGAUGGUCAGGCCUCUUACAGAGCCAUAUUCGGGACUCUGUCUUAUUAGAGAAGCAGUAACUUAAUAUGUGGAGGUGAAUGAAGGUUGAAUCAGCUUCACCUCCUCUCUGGACUGGAUUUUACCAACACAGUGUGCAUAAACAAAAAUCCUGGAAGUGAUAAUAGAGUUUUCUUUUAGCUAAGUGAUAAUCAAUUCUGCUUUCUCACACUCUAUUAUUUUAUAUUGUCAAACACCAAGAGCGUGGGAGCGCUCUAUUUCUCUAUCCCACACUGACUGAAAAUCUUUGAAUUCUCAUUUAUUUCUCUGAGCUCCGCUGCUAAUACAACCAUGAAUACUUGUCUUUUCCAUUUGUUUUAGAGUUCAGACUGACUCGGCAUUAAAAACUGGAUGCUGAGUCCUUUGAACCAGAUGUGUGAAUUUGAGUAAUUGUGUGCUGGAUUUCAAGCUCUGAUGUGUGCUGCUGUUGUUAGCUAACCUGGAUAAUGCUGUGGUUAAGAAAUAAAUCAAUGACUGGAGAGAAGAAAGAACAAUGUAGUGUGCUGACUAUAGAAAAAUACAGUUGUCUCUUCAGUUGUCUUCACAGUAAAAGUACACUCAAACUAAUGAGACAUUCAGACUGAAAUUCGAUUGUAUCAUUUAGGGUUUUUUAAGUGCAUUUUCUCUACCAGCUAAUACUAAAGGUGGAAGGAGUUUAAAAUAACAUUAUUUUUGACGUUCUGUUUAUAUUUCUUUUCUCUAAAUGCCAACUUAAUGGACACACCUGCACCAUUUCCUUAACAUACAAAUCAUACAACCACAUUUAACUACACACUUACUUGGAUCCACUGAGUGAGAGAGGUCUCUUUAAAAUGUUUACAUGCUUUUGACUCAGUAAAGUGUCUGCUGUUACAUUUACACAGGUUUAAUUUAUGUGAAACUCAUACUCACAGGCUAUACCUUCUCCCUGAGGAAAAGGUUUAUUGCUGAUGGUAUUGUGCCUGGCUUGUAGCUGGUGACACUCUGCA